AUGGAAGUCCUUAAAUGUAUCAAACUGAAAGCAGAUGUUGAAGACCCGAUUAGAAAUGAUGAGGAAGGUCUCCCCUUGAGUCCAAUGGCUCGUCUGUUUCAUAAACCUGAUUCCAGUAUCUACAUCAUUGUCAUGGUUGGCAUGAAAACAGAAAUGAACCCAGAAGUUAUUAAAGCAAGCUUAGUGCAUACUUUUCUUCAGCAACCUCGUUUCUGUAGUUUGCACGUUAAGGAUGAGACAGUUAAAGGGGGUCUAAAAUGGGUUAAUAAAAAAGAAGUGGAUUUAGACAAGCAUGUUAUAGUUCCAAUGCUGGAUCCAAAUAAUAUUGAAUCACCCGAUAAGUUUGUGGAAGAAUAUACAUCUAAUCUAAGUAAAACUGGAAUUAAAAUGUCAAUGCCAAUGCGGGAUCUCCAUCUCCUCAACCUUAGAACUUCUGAUGCUGAAUCCGUCGCUGUUUUUCGAGUUCACCACUCUCUUGGUGAUGGAGUUUCGCUUAUGUCUUAUUUUCUUACUUGUACUCGUAAGACUUGUAAUCCAGAGGAACCUCCCACCAUUCUAAUUAUUCAGAAAGUAAAUCCCAGCAAAUCCUCUGGCCGGUUUCGAGGAAAAUUCAUUAAAUCAUGGCUGGCUAUAGUGCUGUUUUGGAAUACUCUUGUCGAUGUUGUGAUGUUUCUUGCUAUGGCAUUAUCUAUCUUACAUGAUACCAAAACGCCCCUCAAGGGUUCUGUUGAUGCGUGA